UUGGUGGCCGCUCAAGAUGGCGGAUAUACAAUUUCACAUAGAGAAUACUGAUGGUCCAGAAGAAGAGGACCAAGAAGAUGAGGGAUAUGAGAUGGAUCAAGACGAGACGUCAUUACACUGUUAUGCCUCCGCUGAAGAACCAAUGAGUCCUCUCAAUAGAAUGGAAAGAUUUAUGUUGAGCGACAUAAUCGUAAAUCGACAAAUGGCAGCUAGAUGUUGUCAGGACGCUUUAAGAGCGAGCAAGGCGAAGGAAGAAGUUUAUCAUGUGUUGAGGCUAAUGGUUCGCUUAUCGGACGACAUAGAACCAUCUGUUAGAGUGGAGCUGAUGGAGCAAGUCCCGCAUGUAGCUGUGUACUGCUAUGAGCAUCAUUCAAUGAUGGAGGCUGUGCCACAGUACAUUUUAUUCAUUGUGCUGCGGUUUUUGACAGAUUCAAACAAUCAGGUUCGAAAAACAAGUCAGGCUGCCCUAUUGGUUCUGUUGGAACAGGAAGUUGUGGAAAGAGAGGAUGUUGAGGAACAAGUCUGUCCUGUUCUUCUCCAGUUGACUGCUGGGGAGAGUAAUGACGACUUCAGAUCUGAAGCAGUGGCUUUGAUGAGUAAGAUGGCUCCGCUUGUUGGAAGAGACAUUACAGAGAGAUACUUUUUACCAAGAUUUGAACUUCUCUGUUCUGAUCCUCUGUUUCAUGUCAGAAAGGUUUGUGCAUCAAACUUUGGUGAGAUGUGCAGUGUUCUUGGACCAGAAGUUACCAAUGAAAAAAUGCUUCCAGUCUUCUUCAAACUGUGUCAAGAUGGAGUCUGGGGUGUUAGGAAGGCAUGUGCUGAGUGUUACAUGAGUGUGUCAAGUGCAAGUCCAGCAGAAACAAGGAAAAGAGAGCUCGCUCAGUUUUUUGUUAGUUUGCUCUGUGACAAGUCAAGAUGGGUUCAAAUGGCAGCAUAUCAAAGCCUGGGACCAUUUAUUUCCACAUUUGCAGACCCAGCUGAUAGUGGUUUUUACAUAAAUGAGGAUGGUAUUUUGACUGCUUUACCUGAGAGAGAGCUGGAAACUCCUCCUCCAUCCCCAACUAAAACAGAGGGAGAACCAACUUCUAGUGAAACUACAAGUGGGGAAUUAAAUGAAGAUGCAACUCUUUUGGGAGAAUCCCAAGAAGUAAACAGGCAUCAAACUGAACGACAAGCAUCUCCUGAGGCUGGCACCACAGAUUCUGGUUAUAUUUCACCUCCUGAAAUCAUAUCAAAUGAUCAAGACCUACAGAAGCAAUCACAUGCUGCACAAAACAAGGAUGUUGCUGCUCAAACCUGUUCAAAAGAACUAAGAAAUUGUGACAAGCACAUGACAACGGAUCUUGAUGAGGUUGAUGAUAAGUACUUUGAUUCAUUUCUCUAUUGGAGGACUCCUUUACCUCAAGUUGAAUUAGAUGCAGAUGAUGUAGGUGUAGGAACUGUUGAAAAUGUUAAAAGUGCAAGUGACAAAUUAGACUUGAAACCUGGAACCAAUGCAUUGCAUGAAGGAGAAACAAGUGGUUUGCUGGAGACACAACAUCGUAGCAACGCCUUUAACCAACAUCAUCAUCGUCAUCCAAAGUUGGCAUUUAUGCAUGGUGAUGAUGACAGUGAUGAAGAAGAUGGAAUCCCUCUUUAUUCUCUUACUGAUGACUUUCACAUGGAUCAUGGGCUUGGAAAGUUUGAUUAUGAUGAUUACAGGAAGCUCAAUUUAACUCAUACCUCUUCAUUUGAUGAUGAUCUUCUUAUUGCUGAUCACAUAACAGCACCACCUGUUCAGCAUGUUAUUCCUCAAACUCUCCUUGAUCACUAUAUAUCCAUGACUGAACCAGCCAAAGCCCAAACUAUUGACACAGAAAUAGUACGGCACUGUGCUUUCAGUUUACCUGCAGUGACACUUACUCUGGGACGUAAAAACUGGCCAUGCCUUAGAGACACAUUUGAAAUGCUUAUUGCAGAUAUGCAGUGGAAAGUUCGAAGAACAUUAGCAUUCUCCAUCCAUGAGCUAGCCUUAGUUCUUGGAAGUGAAAUCACUCGCAUUGAGUUAGUUCCUACUUUUAACAGUUUUCUCAAGGAUUUGGAUGAGGUGAGAAUAGGUGUACUGAAACAUUUAGCGGACUUCAUCAAGCUUCUUCCAUCUGAUGUAAGUGGUGACUAUCUUCCCAUGCUCACAGACUUUCUCACAACAGAUAAUAACAGAAACUGGCGGUUUCGUUUUGAGCUUGCAGAGCAACUCAUGUCUCUAUGUGAAAUAUAUGAACCCAAACAAGUUCUGCAGUAUAUUUGUCCUAUUGCCAUCUCACUUGCCACAGACAGAGUGGCAGAUGUCAGAACAAUAGCGUUUAAACUGAUUGGCAUUUUACUUCAAAGGCUGCAUAGCUGCACUGAAGAUGGUCCUGCUCAUAAGUUUGUUUGUGACAUCAUCAAUAAAUUUGCCCACAGCCCACAAUGGACCAGGAGACAAGCGUAUGCACAACUCUGCCAAAAUUUACUGGAAGAAAAUGUUGAAACUGGGGAACAGUUCUCCCAAGAGUUUUUACCAAGCUUGUUGUAUCUCCUGACUGAUCCUGUACCUAACGUGAGACUCAGUUUAGCCAGGACUUUGUCACAGAGUGUUACAGUCUUAGAGCUAUUCAAAGAAAAUGAUGCAGAGGGCAAAGAGGCCAUUCUUUCUGCUCUGCAGAGGCUUCAAUAUGAUCCAGACAGGGAUGUUAGGUACUUUGCUGGGGUGGAGGAAGAUGCAUUAGAUCUUACAUAUGAGGGUCAAAUGACAAGUUUGGACAGUGUUCAGGAUGAUUUACAAGAAGUUUCCUAUGCCCUUGAAGAAGAUUGCGAACUUGAAAAUCUUAUACCCAAUGAUGAAGGGGAAAGCAGAGCCAAUGAAGUUGUUACCAUAAAUGAAGAAAAUAAAACUGAAACUUUUAACAACACUGAACUGUUGGAGGACUUUCAUCAGACAACGUUAGAAGAGUCGUCAUCCUCUGCAACUGUAUUUGGUACAAAUUUGGAAAGUACAGCAUUUGAAUUUGAAGAAGACGAAAGGAGGUUAGAUUUACAAUCUCAAGAUCUCACAAAUACAGGCAACACAUCUGAAGAACUUGAUAAGGAUGUGAAAUGUGGUGAGGAAAGGGAACCACAGUGCUCUAUUGAGGAGUUGAUUGAUUCAUCAGAUCCAACAGAAGAAGCAGAAGGCAAAGGGCUUUGACAUAACACGAAAGAUGGCAAUUAUACAUUUUCUAAAAUAUUUUGCAUAGCAAUGAAAAUUACACACACAAGUGUGUGUUUGAAUUAUCGGAAAUCUUCCUGGUUGCUUUGUUUUAAGUGAACAUGUAAUUGAGCAACAAGCAAAUGAGUGGUUUCCAAGGAGUUAUUUUUAAUAUUAAUCACUAGGGUAGGUGUUAAUUUAUGGAAAUGAGUGCAGGUAAUAAAUAAUUAUGCAAUGUUGAUGAAAACUGCAUUCGUGAUGAAUUCCUUAAUGUAUUGUACAUACAAUGGAUUGAAAUAGUCUUCUGGGUUAAGAUUUUCAGUGAAGCCUGUUGAUGUAUCUCACAGAAGAUUUUUCCAAAUUUUUAGAUAUGUUGCUUUAGAUGUUCUUCUUUUGUUGUUGUUUCUUACCAUUCCAGGCUGAAUGUAUAUUCUAUGACUGAACUUAAUAAAUUCUUGUAUCUUAAGCCAAGUUUAUUUUACAGUUAUCAUGCAAUUCAUAUUUCAGUAGCCAAAAAAAACUCCUGAUUUGUGAAACAUGUUCUCUUAUUUCCAGGCUGACCAAGUUGUUUACAUAGCUCUUUUAGGUAGAUUGGAAAAAAUGUUUUUAAGUCCAUGUCAAAUCCUAUGAAAGCACACUGUUCUUUUUCAGAAAUGAACCUAAGCAAAAAAAACAAAAAAAGAAAAGGAAAUCUAGUAGCAGUUGUGUACAACUCCCCUAAGUGUCACAUUGGAUAUUAAAAGAGGAAAGUUUAGAUGUCCAUUUUGUCAACUUAAAAGUCAGUUAAGGGGUAAAAAUUAUGAAAUAUCUUAACCUUUCAAAGUUUUGCUCAUUGACAUCAGAAUUGCCUGUCCAAGGUACUCAAUCUUUGCUAGCAUUUCAGCCUCAGGAAUUCAAUAUGGCUUGAGCUGGUCUUAUCAUAUUUUGCUGCAAAUUAGGAAUUUUACCCUAUUAAACAGUGCAAUUUCUUUAUUUUGUGUGGCCACUAUAGAGUAAAAUCCCUAAAUCAUGGAAGAAGCUUUGAAGUUUUCAUUCAUUGUUGUUUUUUUUACACACAUGAGGAGGAAUGUAAAAUUCUGAAAUCUGAUCCUUACAACUUUUUUAUAGCUGUACUCAGAUGCUAAUCAAGCCAGACCUAACAAGAAAAGUCAAGGGGUUGUUAAUGAAACAUUGACAAGCUUUCUUAUCCUUAAUUUUUAUUAUUCUGCAUUAAACAACCUUUAAUUAAGCCCUAAGAAUGAUUGGCAUCAAGUUAUGGCCAUGAGAAUUAAGGAACUGAUCACCAUGUAAAAUUACCUGAUCUUCACACACUCUCAUUAUUGUCAUUGUGGGACUAGCUACGGAGACCAUUAGGAAGUGUUGAUAUGAUGAAAAAGGGGCUCCAAGGAUGACAAGAACCGUUAUGAAUUUAACUGUAGCAAACUUGGGAUUAGUGUUACAACGGUGGCAAACAACCAGGCCUUGUUUUUUAAAGGGUGGAUAACGCCAUCCACCAGAUAAAUUGUUAUAUUCUGGGUAGCGCAGUAUGUUUUGGUAAGAUUACUCUAUGUGAUAGUGAUGUUUCUGUCGGAUAGUGCUAUCUGCCCUUUGAAUAACUGGGCCUAGGUCAAAUAUUGAUUGAAGUAAUGACACACAAAAAAAACUGAUGACUUGAAUUUCUAGACAAGGCUAGUGGUGGUGGUGAUAUGAUGUGGCUAUGUUGUACUUUCUGGUCAAUUUUGCAUCUGGGGUAGCUCCUUUUCUAAUGCAAGGUUUAGCAGUUGACAUUUUUUUUACAAUUAAUGACCAAGUUUUUGCCCUUGAGAUAAAUAGUAAUGUCAUUUGAUUGUGAGUCUUUUGUUGUUAGAGGACAGCUACAGCACUGAGUGGUCAGUGACUUUCAAAAUCGAGAGCAGAAUAAUCUGUGUAAGGGUUGCUCUACAGGAACAGGAGUCCCAAUCUGUCACUUGCACCUGGCUAGACUGAGUGUCCUACACAAGUUCAUGCAGAAAUUUCUAUCCUCAGAAAGGAAUUAUAAGUUUAUCUUGGAGUUCAUUCAUUGAGUUUUUAUACCUGAGCACUGUAUACCUAAUUCAUUUCCAAUUUACAUCCUAAAGUAGAGACUAUAAAAGUUAAAACUUUAAGAAUUUAAUUUUUAUAACGGCAGAUUUAAUACUUAUGUUAUUUUUGGACUGAAUAUUCGAACUGAAGAAUUAUUAUAAUAAACAAGAAAUUCUCCAAGUAUAUAAUUCUUACAUAAAUAUUUCAUGUUUACAGCAUUAUUGAAAGAAAACUUUCUUUUUGGUAUUGGGACAACCAAUUUAAUUACAAUAUGGCCAAGUUAUGUUAGAUUGAUUUGGUUGCUGAAUGAAGUUAUAUUGUUUAGACUGUUUAUAUUGAGUAUGUGUAACUGAUUAAAAUGAGAAACCAGUUUUAUAGUUUUCAAUAAUUGUUCUAUUGAUCAGCUCUCUCCCCUAACAGUUCUUUUUCUCACAACUCCUGUGUAACAGACAAUUGGACUAGGCAACCAAAGGUUUUGUAAACUUCACGACGCAAAUCAUAGUGACAACCUGUGGAUUAUCUCUUUCAAUCUUUGAAACUCUUAGAGUGACCAACAUUUAGUUUCUUCUCACUACAUUUCUGUUGAAUAAUUCAGUGAGAUAAUGAGAAUAUAGGAAUGACUGCCAACCUAAGAAGCUUUGAUUGUUAAACAAAUUCUCAUCAUCAGUACCAAAUAAAAUCUGUAGAGAGGAGUGUGGAGGAAAUAGAUACUGAUGUUAGUGCAUGAAGGGUUAAUUAAAGGAUCAGAGUUGAAGGAAGACCCAGGAUGGUUAAGGAAAAUUGUUUCUUUAGAGAGCACAAAUGUCUCACAUGUUGUAUGCAAGCCCAAUUAUCAGGUGUUCAAGAAAUUGUCAGAAAAUGCUUUGCAAAUUGCUCUGUAUAUUGUGUGUAGAAAAGAAAUUAAAAAG